AUGCUGGAUUUGUUGUCAAGCAGAUCUUUUUUCACGGGAAAUCUGGGUACGGUAUGCACCGGUAGUCGUCUGCUUUUGUACGGCCCGAUAACGGAGAGCAGUGAGCGCCUCUACAACUUAUGUGCGAUGAAGUCAUCUGCCCCACGGCUGUGCAUCCUAUCCAUGACCAGGCACCGACACAAGCGCGCACAUGGAUCCACCACGUCGAUGACGUCUCCGCCCUCGCCUCAGGAACUUCUUAUUAUGGCGGAAGCGGGUCGCGAAAACGGUGGCGGUGUAUCUACAUCUGCUUUGGGCUAG